CGAGUUAUAUCAGCGUAACGCCUGCUCCAGGAGGCUCAUCGUCUUCAGUAGCUAUUAAGAUAAUCACCUUAAUGUAAACUUUCAGUUAGAAUUAAAAUCACUUUUGUACCAACGCUCUUAGCGAACGGUUGUCCGUUUCCUGACUUUUCUUUGUAUCACUUUUCAUUUUCAAUUUUUAAAAAGCGAGUUAUCCCGUCCCGUUCAUUAACUGGCGCAGUCGGUAGGAUCGUGUUCAUUCAAAGCGGUAACGAAACCCCCGUAAAUUUCGAGUGGUAGCCGUGACGCGAUCUUAAAGAACCUACACACACACAUAUUCGGGUCGGUAACGAGCAAGAAAAGAAGAAGAAAAAGGAAGUGAGAAGAAAGAAAACCGUUGGUGCAUCUGUCAAGCCUAGAGUCGGCAUGGUCGUGGGAACCGUCUUCACCGUCGGUGCAGCCCUCUGGUUCUUCGGAGUCGCCGCUGUUAUCGAACCAAUAGAUAACCACAAUGGAGUGAUGAUUCUUAAGGAAGCAACCGCUCAUCACCAAGUGGAUACCUAUCACUUAGUUAUAGUUUAUAAUAUAAGCAACUUAAGAGAUAUAUACGUAGAAAUUAGUCGUGAUUAUAUCACAUUCAAUUUAAUUCAGACGAAUACGUCAUAUUAUAGACAUAGUUUAGUUCUUAGGAAACAAAUAGAAUAUUUAAUCGAUAAAGUCGAAAGUAAAUUAGUUUAUCUAGGAUCUAAGAUGAUUAGUGCAGGUAGAACUUAUUUGCCUAGAGUUAAGAGAGGUCUAAUUAAUGGAUUAGGUUCAAUAGUAAAAGCCAUUACUGGAAAUAUGGAUCAAGAAGAUGCCAUUAGAUUAGAAAACGAAAUUCAACAAAUAAAGCGGUUAGCAUUAAAUAAACAACACCAAACGUUAGGUUUAAUGACAGAUUUCAUGAAUGAAUAUAAACAGGGUUUGGAAAAUAUUAGUAAUAAUCAAAGGAAGUUAUCUAAAGCAAUACAAGGUUUAAACAAGCAAAAUGGAGCUUUAGAUAAUCAAUUGCACAUAAAUAGCAUAUGUAGUCAGAUAGAGAUAGCUUUGCAACAGAUUUUUGAUAGAUUACUCACAUUGGAAAACGCUUUAACGUUCUCUCAUUUAGGACGAUUGCAUCCGAGCGUGGUUGAUCCUAGUUAUCUAGUAUCUGAAUUAAUUAAAAUAGAAAGGGAUAUUAAUAAAAAUAACUUACGAUUACCGUAUUCACCAACAGUCGAAAACAUUCAUUUAUUAGAAAAAGCUAUAAUAGUUAAAGCUUACAGCACCAAUGAGUCGCUGAACUUUGUUUUGGAAAUACCGUUAGUAACUAACUAUCCCUAUAGUUUACUUCACUUAUAUUCCAUUCCCAAUCAACAAAAUAUUAUCCUCAUUCCAAAAUAUCCUUACCUUAUUUUGGGAAGCAACAAGUUCGCGUAUUCUCACGAACCGUGUUCGAUGAUCACCGAGGAAAACUCCAUUUGCCGUCACUUGGAAUGGAAAUCACUGAAAAACUCUCAAGAUUGCAUCGCUCAGCUACUUCAACAUGAAAACCCAACUAAUUGCACAUACGCUGCCGCAGAUUUUGAAGAUAAUAUGAUAAAGCAAAUAAAGGAUAAUAGCUGGAUUAUUAUAAUAAAAAAGGAAGAAGUCAUCAAGACAACCGGCGGGAAUGAUGUCCAGUAUCAAAGGAACCAUGGCGUUGUCCUUAUAACAAUUAAUAAUAAAUGCAUCGUAGAAAUAGCCGGCAGGAGUCUGCAAACUCACUUGAAAUUUGUAAAGAUCAAGGAAAGCAUCCCCUUGCCACAAACGAGCACUUCAAUGGAAAUUAACCCACCGAUAACAUUACAUCUGGAAGACAUCCCUCUGGAUAACUUAAAUGAAUUAUUAAGGAAGACGCAGAUCAUUCAGCAAAAUGAAGAAACACCAACAAUUAAUAUCGCACCCAGCUGGCCUACCCUUUGUUUAUAUAUUAUUGCGACCCUUGUCGUCGUAGCCGUCAUCCUGAGGUGGUACCUUCGUCGUCGUCGAGGACUACCAGCAACGAUAGAGAAUCAUCAGCAGUUGCAGUUGCAGGAACCUCUACAACAGCAGCAGCCUUCUUCUUCAUCGUGCUUCAAGCUUAAGGGGGGAGGAGUUAUAUCAGCGUAACGCCUGCUCCAGGAGGCUCAUCGUCUUCAGUAGCUAUUAAGAUAAUCACCUUAAUGUAAACUUUCAGUUAGAAUUAAAAUCACUUUUGUACCAACGCUCUUAGCGAACGGUUGUCCGUUUCCUGACUUUUCUUUGUAUCACUUUUCAUUUUCAAUUUUUAAAAAGCGAGUUAUCCCGUCCCGUUCAUU